GUCACAGUCACUGUAUGUAUGAGACAGCGAGACAGCACACCAAUUUGAAUUGAUACAUGACAGGAUAAAAAUAAUGCAAUGCAGUUUUGCAAGUAAAUCAAAGUAAAUAUACAAAAUAAUACAGUCGUUAUAAGUAUAUUACAAAUUAAGGUCAGUGGGUCUUAGGGGUGGAGUGCUAGUACUAAGCUACUUCUUUACAGGUAAGAACCAAAUGAGUAUAAAUAAGUAGCGCUCAGCCGUCACCGACGUGGGCGAUUAACAAUAAUAUUCGCUGUGGAUUUAGCUUAAACCAAUAAGUGCAAUGAGCAACAUACAGUUUGUUCAAAUAAAGGACUUAAAACCUGGUAUGAAAAAUAUAAAUGCUGAGUUUAUAGUGCUAGAAGUGGGUCCACCGACUCUGACGAAAGAGGCGCGUGAGGUGCGUACGCUGCGCGUUGCCGAUGCCACUGCUUCUGUAAACCUGUCCGUGUGGGACGAGCCCGGCGCGCUGCUGCAGCCCGGAGACAUUGUGCGUCUGACGCGCGGCUACGCGUCUCUAUGGCGCGCAGCACUUACUCUAUACUCGGGCAAGUCGGGAGAUAUACAGAAAGUGGGGGAGUUCUGUAUGCUGUUCAACGAGCAAGUGAACAUGAGCGAACCACAGCCGGCUCCCCCGGCCGCCGCCGCUGGCGCCCCUGCCGCAGCGGGGGACCGCUCAAACGGGGCGCACGCGCCGCUGCGGGCGCUGCAGGCGCCGCCGGCCGCCGCGCCGGCGCACGCCGCCAAGCCGGACCGCUUCGCGCCGCCCGCCGACCUGUCCGGCAAGCACGCGCACAAGACGUACGUGCGCGGUCGCGGCCACCAGCGCGGCAAUCGGAGGUAGCACCCGCACCUGCCUUCCUUCAGUGCCUUCCAAGACAAUGGGGCAUUCAUUGUGGCUUAGUGUGUUAAUAACCAGACUAUUUGCCUGACGUGACGCCUCAACUCAUACUCCAUACUCUGUUAAAACUCAGUAAAUGCAUAACGUUUAACCUACUCAUAUACAAAAUGUUAUUUUUAUGUUUUGUAGACUUAACUUUUUUGAUGCCUACCCUCUCUCUAAAUUCUUUGAUGUAAAGCCAUAAUCAAUGAUAAUGUAAAUUUAAGAAAUAGCAUAAUGUGACUAGCAGUUCAUAUUUUGUAAUGACUAGCUACUGAGUGACUAGAUACUAGCUAUUGAGUAAUGAUUAUUGUCAGCUAGGCUAAUAGCUCCGGGUGCACAGAGCAGGCAGUAACGGCACUGCUUGUGGUUGCCACUAGUGUGUCAUGUUGUUAUUAUUUGACAAUCCUAACUGCUCCGUGGGUUGCAAGUGUACUUUAAUGUUUGACUUACAGAAUUGGUUUCAGUUAAACUUGCUCUAUGUUGUCCAAAGUGAUAUUAAUGUGUGCCAGUAAAAUAAUUUUCUCUAACCAAAACAUUUUACUUAUUCUGAAAUACAAAAUACUAGUGGUUUUUUUAUACUUCUAAAAUGCUUGGUUUCAUUAUUCCAUAAUUCUGUUAACACUAUGUUGGUAUGUACAGUAAAUUUUAUGGAACUCUACUGGGUGCACAGAGUAUCUACUGGACAUGGUGAAACCUUUGGAGAAAGCCAAUAAUUUAUUGUACUGUUUAAUAACACUGAACUGUUACUCCUACCAUGAUAUUUUUUUUGACUUUUCUACAGCGAACUUUAAUUAUAUUAUUUGAUUGUUAGAGAGGGAUUCAAAAUAAAAUGUUUUUUCAUAUUUUACCUGGAUUAACAGAGGUGUGAUCUUAUCAUUUGAAGUUAUAAUGUUGUAUAAUAUGAAUUGUAAUAACUUCUGGAAUUAAUGAAACAUAUUCAAUAUUAAUUGUAUGUAUCUAUUUUAGAAUUUCUCGCUAACAGUCGCAGCACUCGCCAUAAGCUUGUUGUCUUUUGACUGUACAAAGAAUUGAAGGAAAGAUUUUAAAAACUUUUUUAAACUUAAGAGACUUGUUGUUGUACCCAUAUUACAGAAAUUAUAUAAAUGUUGAAAAACAUUAUAACAACCUAGGUACUUGAGAGUUUUUGUACAUUAAAACUUUGAUUAAACUGUCUUGUUGUAUAGUUUCAUUGCCUGACUAUGUAAAUAAAUUGUUGUAUAAACAAAUAAUA